CUUGUUCUCUGCAUCUCGACCCGUUUCGGAGGAGAUUGGACUGGGUGUGUUUUUUAUGGUGAUCCAAUGGCCGAGACAACGCCGGAGACUCGCCCGUUUAAAGACUCUCCGUUCUCCAUCAAAAACCUGCUCAACUGCGAGAGCAAGCCCACUCUGAUCAAACCCAAAGCCAUCAUGAACUCCACCAAAGGACUCCUGGAGCACGGCUUGGCUCUGUCCCGGGUCGGAGACUUGAGUUUUCCGCGCUUUGAUUUGCCCGUGCAGAGGUUUGGAUUAGCGGCUCACUGGUGGUACCCUUACGGACACUUACCCAGGAGUGCAGAGAGGCUGGCGGUUAGAGACUCAUCCCCGGCGUCCGGUACAGACAGAGACUCACCGGAGCCGCGGCUCGCGUUAGAACCGGACGCCAAAGAGGACGAGGAGAGCAAAAGCGUGGAUGAGAUCCUGCUGGAGGAAAGCGACACGGACGAGCCGAAGCGCGGAGACGACGCACCGGAAGCGGCGAGCGCGGCGGCGGAGAGCUCGGACAAGCGGCCGCCGUGCCGGAAGAAGAAGACGCGCACGGUGUUCUCGCGCAGCCAGGUGUUCCAGCUCGAGUCCACCUUCGACGCGAAGCGGUACCUGAGCAGCGCCGAGCGCGCGUGCCUGGCCUCCAGCCUGCAGCUCACCGAGACUCAGGUGAAGAUCUGGUUCCAAAACCGGCGCAAUAAGUGGAAGCGGCAGCUGGCGGCGGAGCUCGAGGCGGCCAGUCUGAGUCACACGGCCGCGCGCCGCAUGGUCCCGGUCCCGGUGCUCUACCGCGAGAGCUCAGCCAGCGACACCGCCAGCGCCGCGUCCAGCCACGCCACAGCCAGCCAGCCUCUCCUCACCUUCCCACAUCCGGUCUAUUAUCCACAUCCGGUGGUCGCCGCCGUACCGCUGCUCAGACCUGUAUGAACUCCGCGUGCGCGCGCGCGCUCAUCAUCAUCACCAUCAUCACCUUCAUCACUCACUGCCUACAUUUAUGAACGAUUUAUAACGCGACACCGAAAUGUCAUCUAAUGUUUCUAAUG